CCCGUGAGAAGCUAAGACCCGGCCGUUGCUCACCACAGCAUCAUCGCCGCGCCGUGCUAGCUCAAGGAUGGAGAACAACAGGCAGCAGCAGCAGGCGCCGCCGCCGCCAGGCUACCCGACGGCGGCUGCAGGCUUGGAGCAGGAGCAGGGAGGCAGGAAGGGACGACGCCGGGAGAAGACGACCUCGCGCGGGGAUAAAGGCUUCAUCGAAGGAUGCAUCGCGGCGCUCUGCUGCUGCUGGAUCUGCGAGAUGUGCUGCGACUAGGCACGCAGCUAGCGGUCAGCUAGCUCUCCGUCUCCGGCGGCUAUACAUACGAAAUACGAUGAGAGAGCUAGCCUGCCACAGCUUCUGCUUCUGCUUCUGCAAGAGAGAUCUGCUUAAAUUAUUCUAUCGUCCAGAGCUGCAGCAACACCUGAUAUGUUUGUUUGGGGUGUUAUUAGUAGGGAGAGCUAGCUCAGCUUUAUUAUUGUUAAUAAUAAUUCUGUGCUGUACGUAGCUAUAGCAAGCAUACGUAUGUAUACACGUAUAUGUAUGUGUUUUACCGUGACUUGAAUGUUUGGAAAUGGUGAUUUCAUUGCCUUC